CUCUUACUCAUUCAUCUACAUAUCAUCAUUUUCUUGAAAGCAGUAAUCAUUUGGUACCCAUAAAAAAGAAAAAACACAAUGGCACCCCAUGGAGAGACAAUUACAAAAUCAUCCUACGUUCGAACAAAAAACGUUACCAAGCCCCCUAGACUCUCCAACGAUAAUUUACAACGUACAAUGUCCGAUAUUUCUUUCGAAUGGAACGCAAUAUGUCCCGUUGAUUCUUCAAAUCUACCACCAAUUUCCGAAGUAGAAAAUGCAAAGUGUGAGUGUUGUGGUAUGAGCGAUGAAUUCACACAUGAAUAUAUCGAUCGCGUUCGAAAAAAAUAUUCAGGCAAAUGGAUAUGCGGCUUAUGUGCAGAAGCAGUGAACGAAGAAGCGGGAAAAAACGGAGGAAAAAAUGAAGAAGCAUUAUGUAGUCAUAUGAAUUCUCAUAGCAAGUUUAAUAAAUUUGGUAGGGUUUAUCCUGUUCUUUAUCAAGCUGAAGCAAUGAGAGAAAUGUUGAAGAAAAGUAGUAGAGAUGGAAGGGGAAUACUUAGAGCAAAAUCUAUAAGUCCAAGGGAUAAAAUUGUCACAAAGAAGGGUACUACUGGGAUUGCAAGAAGUACAAGUUGCAUUCCAGCAAUUACUAAAGAGAUCAAUGGGCUUAAUUAAUUAAUUGACCUAGAUAUUUUGAUUUAGUGGGAUAAUAUGUUGUUGAAUUAAUAAUGUUUAAUAACAAGAUUUGGACUAAUUAAACUAUUGUGUUAGUUACUCUACGAGUUUUUUGGGGUUAAUUAGUUCAGGUUUUUAACCUCUUUUUUUUUUCUCUCAUGUUAUGAGGGGUUUUAUGGUCACAUUUGUAACUCAAAAAUGUGACUGACCAAAUUUAUAGGAUGCAUGUUUAAUGUUGGUCUAUAAUGUAUUUAUUUUAUUCAAAUUGAUAUGAUCUAUUUGAGUAAGAUUUUAAAUAAUA